AUGCUUGCUCAUCCUGCCGCGGUAGGAGGGUGGAACGAAGGAUACAACACAGGGGCAUACCUGAGUGCGCUGCCGAAGAAUUUCCAAGAUCAGAGAUUUCAUAAAAGAGGCUCAUCGGGGUCUUCGGUCACCUCCCUGGGGCCGCCCUCGCCUCUUAACCACAACAACAUAUAUCCACACAUUGUUGCCACCUCCGACUCAAACUUCUCACCCUCCUACGAUUUCGACUACACUCAAACUCCACAUACCGCGAAGUCAGAUUCAGCAAUGAUGUUCCCCACAAACUAUGGUGCCGUCGACAUGAGAAGGAUACAAUCGACAGGCGGCGACGACCGCGCGUCAUACGCAAUGUCUGCGCCCCAGUCUGUCUCGACGAUGAGUCACAACUCUCCCGCGACACCGCAUACAAGUUAUGAGCCAGAGUAUGAUGAGAAGAAUGUCUAUGGUGAGCAUUUCAGCGACGAAGAUCAAAUGUUCAGCUACUUACAGUACGAAGCAGGCUACCCUACCGCUGCGUAUCAGCAAUCACUACAAGAUGUCUUUCCAGACCAGAGUUUCCCAAUGUCAUAUUCCACGGCUCAACAACAGAAUAUGCAAAGGAUGGCUAUGUCGUCGCAUCGGCAAAAUAUGAUGGCAGACAGACUUCAAGCGGCGACUCAAGAUCACUUGAGAACAAGCUCGCCCACAUCAGACCCGCGCGACAAGUCACCAUUCCGACAGAGUUCGCCGUACGGUAUGCCUGCCCCGAUGCAGCGACCGCACCCACCAGCGACUUUACAAAAGCAGCGGACGUCCAUAUCGCCUAAGGAGCUAAUGUUGGACGAGCACGAUGUCGAUGAUCACGCGGCACCACUGUUCGCGCCUGAACAGACUAACCCUAUGUUCGACGCCCGGAGAACACCGUUGAAUCUCUCAAGCUUUUACGCUCCGAAUAUGUCGACGCCACAGCAAUAUGCUUUUGUCGAUCAGUCUACUCAGCACAACAACCAGGCAGCACUGCAAGACGUGACUCCCGAAUUCCCGGCUCACAUGCUUUCCAUGGAGUCGACCAACGAAGAAGGACCAUCGGAACCUUCGAGUCAACAGUCUACCUACAAGAGCCAGCCUCAACCUCGGUCACAACCGCAAGCCGUGCCCCAGCAGCAACAACACCCGGUACAGCGGCCACAGCAGGGCACUUCAUCCGAUUCGGGCACUUACUCAUGCACGUACCAUGGAUGUCACGAACGGUUUGAUUCUCCAGCCAAACUCCAAAAGCACAAGAGAGAGGGUCACCGGCAGACAUCACCAGCAGGAUCUGCAUCACCGAAUCUGUCUUUGCGUAACUCGCAAGCUGGACCACAUCGCUGUGACAGAAUCAACCCAAGCACCGGCAAGCCUUGCAACUCGAUUUUCUCUCGGCCUUACGAUCUGACCCGGCACGAAGAUACUAUUCACAAUGGUCGGAAGCAAAAGGUCCGAUGUCAUUUGUGUACGGAAGAAAAAACAUUCUCACGCAAUGAUGCUCUUACACGACAUAUGCGCGUGGUGCAUCCUGACGUGGACUGGGUUGGCAAGCAAAAGCGCAAAAAUCAGAAGUGA